UGCACCUAUCCAUCUUGACGGAUUUGUUUCACCCUUCUGUUUCGACCAAAUGUCGGCCUCAUCCAUCUCCAUGGCUGCAACAACCAUAGCUUCCUCCUCAAUCUGCCGUAACAAACCGUCCAAUCUCUCCUUCCCCACCUCUUUCACCCCCAUUCCUACCCACGUACCAUCAAAGCCCAGACCCACAAAGCCUCUCAACCUCAAGAGCCACCUCCACAAUUUCUCUCCUUUCGGUCUUAUUUCUGUUUCGCGCUUUCCCCUCGCUUCGACCGCAUUCGACAGUUUCGAGACUGAAAAAGAUAGCCAAAGCACAGAACAAGAAGACCCAGAAGCAGAAUCGAGUGAAAAUCAAGCGGCAGAGGAAGAGGAAGAGGGUGAGCCAAAUGUACUGGGGUCUAGCGAAGAAGGGAGGCUCUAUGUGGGUAACUUGCCGUAUUCUAUGACUUCUGCGCAAUUGACCGAGGUUUUUGAGGAGGCUGGCCGUGUGGUUUCUGUGGAGGUUGUUUAUGACAGAAUUACCGAUAGGAGCAGAGGUUUUGCGUUUGUUUCCAUGGGGAGUGUUGAGGAAGCUAAAGAAGCAAUUCGGAUGUUUGAUGGCUCUCAAGUCGGAGGCCGGACUGUUAAGGUGAACUUCCCAGAAGUGCCAAGAGGAGGUGAAAGAGAAGUGAUGGGGCCGAAGGUAAGGAACAGCUCCAGGGACUUUACAGAAAGCCCUCACAAGAUCUAUGCUGGAAACCUUGGUUGGGGCGUUACUUCCCAGGGUCUUAGAGAUGCUUUUGCAGAUCAGCGAGGCAUAUUGAGUGCGAAAGUCAUCUAUGAGAGAAACUCAGGAAGAUCUCGUGGUUUUGGGUUUGUCUCUUUUGAAACUGCCAAAGAUGCAGAGUCUGCUUUGAAUGCCAUGAAUGGAGUGGAGGUUGAAGGUCGGCCUCUACGAUUAAAUUCAGCUGCAGAAAGAUCUUCUUCUGCUUCUCCACCGGCAGAGAAUAGAGAUGCAGAUGACAUUCUUAACGGCAACGAAUUACUUUCUAGCAUCAGCAGCUGAUUGGGGUGGCUUUGAUACACUUUGGAACGUAUCCCCAGUUUUGCAAAAGGAGUGCAGCCCGUCUACUUCUAUAACACUCCUUGCAGUCCUUUUUGGCAUAUGGGAAUUAAGACCGGAGAAGAAAAAGCGGAUGGCAUCAAUAGUAAGAUUAUCUCUGGGAAGGAGAGUGUGGUAUAAGCGUUUAGAUAUGAAGCUCUCUCAGCUAAAUACCAUUCCUACCUCAUCGUGAUCCAUGAAGGCACCAAAUUGUACCUGAGUUAUUCACAACUGUUGUACCUUAUUUUAAAGGGGAAAUCGUGGAAUGAUGUAAUAACCUUCAUUGCUUACCAAAAUAAAGAAAAAAAGUGCUAAAUUAUCUC